CUUUUAGCUUCUCGCUAUCAUCAGAUCUCCCUUCCUCUCUCUCUGUGUCUCUGCUUGCGCGCUUCCCAGAAGAUCUCCGUCCAUCGCCGUCGCAACUCCUCCCCCUCCGCGCGCGGCCGUCGCCGCCGACGCCCCGCCACGCGCCGCGAUGGCCUCAGCCCCGACCCUCCCGAUCUCCUCCCAAUCCGCCGCCGCGGGGGCGGGGGCGGGGGCUCAGCCCCAGCCGGCCAUCGCCACGCACGCCCUCCGCGCGUUCGUCUCCCGCCUCUCCUCCUCCCUCCGGCAGGGCCUCUCCCAGCGCCGCCCCUGGUCCGAGCUCCUCGACCGGUCCGCCAUGGCCCGGCCCGACAACCUCACCGAGGCCGCCUCCCGGAUCCGCAAGAACGCCUCCUACUUCAAGGUCAACUACAUCGCCCUCCUCGCCGUCGUGCUCGCCCUCUCGCUCGUCACUCACCCGUUCUCCCUCCUCGUGCUGCUCUCCCUCCUCGCCGCGUGGAUCUUCCUCUACCUGUUCCGAUCGUCCGAUCAGCCGCUGGUCGUCUACGGCCGCACGUUCUCCGACCGCGAGGUGCUGGGGAUUCUCGUCCUCCUGACCAUCGUCGUGGUGUUCUUGACCACCGUUGGUUCGCUGUUGAUCUCCGCGUUGAUGAUUGGAGUCGCUAUCGUGUGCGCGCACGGUGCGUUCAGGGUUCCUGAGGAUCUGUUCUUGGACGAUGAGCAGCCUGCAAAUGCCGGAUUGCUGUCGUUCCUCAGCGGUGCCGCCUCGUCCGCUGCCGCAGCGGCUGCACCGGCAGUUGCCGCACGGGUGUAGAGCUGGGUUGUAUAAUCGAUCUAUGGGGUUGGUCAGGUUAAUUUGAUCUCCCUAUCCUUUUAGUAUGGUAAAGUGAUGAUUCAUUUGUUGUUAGGGUUUUGGACUUGUUUUGGUUUAGGUCGGUUUGAUUCUUGCGUCAGAAUUCGGUGUAAGAUCUUGUGACUUUUCUUUGAUGAAGUUAGAUCUAUGAAUUCUUCUAAAUGUGAGAUCUUGAUUUCUUUUCGAAAAUGAAUUCUUUAAUCCUGA